GCUAGCCGCUACACCUACCUUACCACGAGUGAUUUAUCCAGGUCAUCAGGAUUUGCCCGGAAUGCAAGUUGGCAGGGGGCGUACCCUUGCCAGGUAGUUGGUGGCACUACGCGGUGACAAUGGGUGCGUUCAUGGAGAUCAUUCUUAUAAAUCAUUGGCUAAAUUGGUCAGAUUCUGCACAGAAUCUACGCAGAAUGAUCUCCAUGAACACACCCACAGUUCUACGGCUCGGCCACAGAAUAGGGGCGGGACAAACUGGUAAAGUUUUUGAAGGGAAGGUAACAUCAACUGUAUGAAGGCUUUAUUUGGAGAUGCUGGAUGUUUGCUGCUUGUUAUAUAUAGGUGAUCAAAGUGCCAGUACCAAGCAAUGAAUGCACAUACAGAUGACCUUUGCACUGAGGAAUGUAAUGACAUUUUCAGAAUGAAGUCCAAAAAAAGAUCCGGAGACCAUAUUCAUUUGGGGACUGGUAUACAAGAUUCCACAUUGCCAAACAGAGCCUCUCAGUUUCUUGAUUCACAAACAUUUGCUUUUGAAGACUUUGAAUGUCCGUCCAAUGUCAACAAAGAAAACCUGGAUCUUUUUCCACAGUGGCAUUUACCACUGAAAUUGUCAAUUAUACUUUCUGUAAUAGUAUUUAUAUAUACCUUUCUAAGAGACAUUCUUCACCCAUUCAUAUCUCUGAGCAAGAAUGAAUUCUAUAAAAUACCGAUUUUGGUAAUGAACAAGGUCCUGCCAGUGGUUGCCAUCACCCUGUUGGCUCUGGUUUAUCUGCCAGGGAUUUUGGCAGCGGUCCUCCAGUUACACCGGGGUACCAAAUAUAGCAGAUUUCCAAACUGGUUACAGAGAUGGAUGUUGAUGCGCAAACAGCUUGGUCUCCUCAGUUUCUUUUUUGCUUUGCUUCAUGCCGUCUACAGCCUGUGUUAUCCAAUGAGAAGGUCCUAUCGUUACAAACUGCUAAAUUGGGCUUAUCAACAGGUAAUGCAGAACAUUGAAAAUGCGUGGAUUGAAGAUGAUGUGUGGAGAAUGGAAAUAUAUGUGUCUCUUGGUAUUCUAAGUCUAGCUGUUUUAGCCCUAUUGGCCACAACCUCAAUUCCUUCUGUCAGGAACUCCUUGAACUGGAGAGAAUUUCAGUGUGUUCAGAGCAAGAUGGGGUAUUGUGCGCUCCUGCUUUGCACAGCUCAUGCCCUGGUGUAUGCAUGGAGAAAGUGGGCAGACCUGAAGUACUUUGUGUGGUACACCCCUCCAUCGUUCAUGAUUGCAGUACUUCUACCCAUCGUUGUUCUGUUGUGUAAAACUGUACUAGUUCUUCCAUGUCUUGACAAGAAGUUACAGAAGAUUAGACAUGGCUGGGAAUCCAAAACAGAACCUGCAGAGAAUAUCUUUUUAUAAACUCUUUGCAAGCAACAGCUUCGCAAGAUAAAUUAUUGUUUGAUAUACUAUUUUGAUACAGCAAGUGCAUUUUUUUGUGUGUAAUAAUACAUUCCAUACUGUUACUGUCUUACGUAAUUUUUAUGGAACUAUCUUGUAUAAUAAUAUUAAAAUAAUACAUUAUCAGCACUAUUAAAUUUACACCUGCAUAUAACAUCUGAAUAAAAUGGUGACAGGAUAGAGUGAGUGUUCCAAAUCAAGCAGGCAACAGAUGAACAAUAAAGAACAUAUUUAAGCA